GGACCGACGGCAAAGUCCUGAAGCGACAACGACCUUACUUGACCCGUCAACCAUCCUUAUCCCUCCGCUCACGUCCAGGGUCUCUUUCCGCACCACUCGGAGACACUAAAUGGCUCAUCUAAUGGCUGCAAUAAACAGGAGGUCGUUCCUGUCAAACGUCGCUCUUGUCUCAAAUCCCAGGCUUGUCCAACAGUGGAAGCCAGGCACACCCUGCCAAAGCACUCUUCGAUCCUACUCUCGCAAGGUAAAGACCAGGAUCCAGAUCGAGACCUCAGAACUGGAACACGAGAUUCGGCAACUGGAAAAGACGAUUAUUGAACAAGAGCGGAAACUAGCGGCAAAGCGGACGUAUGAAGAGUCUAUUCGGGAAUCCGAGCAACGCUCAGAGGCGGCAAAAGCUAUCUACAAGAACCUGACAUCCCCUGUCGCAACUACAUCAGCUCCGAAGCAGAUCUCUGGCAAUCCCAAUGCACAUUCGUUUCUACCCGAGACCUUUCUUCAGGAUCUAAAGCUCACUUUCCUGGAUACCCGUGGCGCAAAAGAUGAUGCGAUCAGGCAGUUGCAGAGCGGUCUAUCAUCGACAAAGGAGCUGCUUGCUGCGACAUCUGGAGCUAAGGAUGGCCAGGAAUCGGAAAAGGAGGCCAAAGAAGAUUCAUCAGGCACCAUAGCGACAGCUGACAAGGAUGCCAACGCUUUAGCUUUGGAGCGAGUUGGAAAAGUGGGUAUCGACAAGUGGAACCAACUGAUCUACGUAAAUGCCCUUGAAAGAAACUCCAACAAUGCUGAGCAGGUCAUGCAGAUGAUGGAGGACGUCGGAGUCCAGCCCAACAUGGAAUCGUUCAGUUACCUUAUGGAGGCGUACGCCAAUUCAGGUGAAUUGAAGAAAGCGCAAGACACCAUUGAGCUCAUCCUGAAAAGCGGUCUUGUCCCAGCCAUACCGGCAUACAACUCGCUUAUGAAGAUCCAUGUCCGAAGACGAGAUAUUACGGGCGCAUUCAAGGUUUUUGAAGCCCUCAAGAAGCACCACAGUCCGGAUGUUGACGUGUUCACCAAUUUAGUCAAAGGAUGUUUACGAGCAGGGGAGUAUGAUCUUGGCUGGAAAGUUUUUGACCAGAUGCAGCGCAGUGGAGCGACACCCGUGGAAAGCACCUACAGUCUUAUGAUUCAUGCCUGCGCAAAGACGGACCAGGUCGAGAGGGCUCUCGAUAUCUUCAGGACCUAUCCCAGUAGACACCUGCAGCCCACAGACGCCACCUUCAACAGCCUCAUUCAUGCCUGCGCGAUGCGACCAGAGUACUUUGCGACGGCGUUUGCGCUUCUUAAGGAAAUGCAGGACGUGUAUGGAUUCGAGCCCGAUAUUCUGACGUACAACACUCUGCUAUUUGCGUGCUCAAAGCGACAAGAUCUUUUGACGGCUCGUAGAGUCUUCCAGAAGGUGGUGCAGCUAGAUAGCGAAGGCGUCUUGGCAUUGGACGGCAUCACUGUCACCAAUUUUUUGUGGUGUAUUACAGAGUGGAAAGACACAGAAGUGCAUCUUCGGAACCGCAAGUACCGUCUGAGAAAUCUGGAACAUGGACAGAUCCAGCUCGGUACAACAACGUCCUCUGUCAUCCAGACCGCUCCAGCUGAGAUUUCCAUUCGCCCCCUAUAUUUUUUGCUCCCCGAGCGGCCCCCGAAGGACGAGCGAGAGGCACUGGCUGAAGGGGAGUCGGUCUUUUCAUGGUUCGUCUCGCGAUCUGCCGAACGCUUCCCUUUCCUGGAAACCGAAGCCAAACCUCUAAUGCAAGGAUUUGAGCAGGGAGAGGAUUAUUCUAGUUCUGACGUCGCUACCACCAACGACAGUGCCACAGAUCUUUCUCUACCACGACUUUCGUUUCAAUCACCUAUCCGAACUCGACUCUUGAACGCCUAUCUCGCCAUGCAUGUGCGUCAUCAAGAUAUAGACAAAUCGAUCGUGAUCUACAGGAAAUAUUUUGGCCAUUUUAUGCGCAAGCGUGACAGCUGGACCUAUGCAACCAUGCUGGAGGGCUGCUAUUACUGGAAGAAUGUCGACCUUGGCGCGGAGGUGUUCAAAGACUGGCGAGACUGGCGCAAGAGCACGGGCAAGUUGACCGAAAAGAAGACACGGCAAGCCGACUAUCAAUGCUACCGCCGCAUGGUCAAUCUACUAGCCAGAACAAAUCACCUGGACGAAUCGAUCGCUCUAUUGGAAGAACUCUCCAUCGCGGCGACGCCCACCAAUACCCGCCUGCGUUCCGAAAUAGCAGCCGCAGCCGCAGCCGCAGCGACAUCCAAAUCGUCGGAGGGACUGAUUGCACUAUCGUCAGCAUCUACUAUAUCACCAACCACCACAUCAAACGACGAAAGCGAGCUGACUUCAUCGCUGUCGUUCCUAGAUCCCAUCCAAGACGAAGCAAUUCUCCCUAUUUACCCAAAGCUGAAGGAUUUCCCGGUCGUCUAUACCAAGACAUGGGAGCUCGAGGAUGAAGCCGCGCGUAAGAUCCUACUGCGGCUUUGUCAUGGCAAGCCCGACAGCGUCUCAUCGUCGUCUUCUCGGUCUUCAGCCGAAGGAAAGCCCCUGCAGGGCGAGUCGGAGACUGAGGACUCGAUAUUACCUGACUAUCAGGACAAGCGUCAGGCGCGGUACCAGAAGAGUAUUCGCAAUACCGCGAUCAAGUGGAAGGGCGAGCAUCCUCAAGAAAAGGGAUUCUAUGUCGGAAAUCGGCGCUUCCGAGAGCUGGACCAGGAUUUGUCAAAACGGAGUCAGGACCAACGAAGGCGCUAGUGAUUUAAUCAACGUUUCAAUCUUAUCUGCAUUUUUUAGAACCCUGUUCGCCAUAGAAUUGUACAAUAUAGCAUGCAUUAACUGUAAAAGAUGUAUUCAUG